UAUUGCUAUUUCUGUAAAAUCUGUCUCUCUUUCUUCAAUGGACCUAGGCUUAAUCCCCACUAAAAGUGGCGAAGAAACCGAGCCCGACACCCCACCGCACACGCCCACUCCAUCCAUCAAGAACCACCAGCCGCCGGCGUUCAAAGAAUGCAUGAAGAAUCACGCAGCCAAUAUAGGCGGGCACGCAGUAGACGGGUGCGGAGAGUACAUGCCCAUGCCUGUCUCACUGAUAUGCGCCGCCUGCGGCUGCCACCGCAACUUCCACCGCCGCGCCAUCCUCACCCCACACUUUCUCAAUUUCAAUUUCGGACAGCCUCAACGCACCGCCGUUAAAGACGUGGCCGGAAGAAAGCGGUCGCGGACCAAAUUCAGCCAGGACCAGAAGGAGAGGAUGCAUUCCUUCUCCGAGAAGCUCGGCUGGAAAAUGCAGAGGUGCGACGACGCAGCGGUGGAGGAGUUCUGCCGCCACGUCGGCGUCGCUAGAGGAGUGCUCAAGGUGUGGAUGCACAACAACAAGAACAUCAACCGCGGAAAUGGAAACACUUUUUUACUUCAUUAACGCUCUUUAUUCACUAAUUAAUUUCAUUUUAUUUUUUCUUCUCAUACAACUUAAUAUAUUCUAUAAUUUUGAAAUAUGAAAAACUAA